AUGUAUGCAUGUGUUGCCAGAAGAGGCAAACCGCCUAAUCCCAAACAAGCAGCUUUAACAACAUCCGCGCUUGGGAUUGGGACUUAUGUACCUGCCCAAUCUGCCGCAAUUUCAUGCCAACCACUAUUACUGGUAGAUCCAGGAAGUCUACUGCCGGAGUGUGUUACCAAACUUUGGAAGAACAAGAACAUUGUUUCUGCUCAUGAUAAUUAUGAACACAACGAGUACCGGAGUUCCUAG